AUGGCCUCCAGCGCUAGAGUCAGCCUUGAACGCCCCUGGAAGGGCCUCUGGAAAGAGCUGCAGCGGCGAGUGUCCAAACUCAACACCGAGGUGACCACCUGGAGGACCAAGUAUGAGACUGAUGCCAUCCAAAGGACUGAGGAGCUGGAGGAGACCAAGAGGAAACUGGCUGCCAGGCUCCAGAAAGCGGAAGAAACAGCUGAAGCCGCCCAGGCCCAGGCUGCCUCCCUUGAAAAAAAUAAACAGAGACUCCAGGCAGAAGUCGAGGACCUCACCAUUGACUUGGAAAAGGCCAAUGCUGCAGCUGCCGUUCUGGACAAGAAGCAACGGGUCUUUGACAAGAUGCUGGCUGAGUGGCAGCAGAAGUGCGAGGAGCUGCAGGUGGAGGUGGACAGCUCACAGAAGGAGUGCCGCAUGUACAUGACAGAGAGCUUCAAGAUCAAGACCGCCUACGAGGAGUCCAUCGAGCACCUUGAGUCAGUGAAGAAGGAGAACAAGACCCUGCAGGAGGAGAUAAAGGAACUGAUUGAUCAGCUGGGCGAGGGAGGAUGGAGUGUGCAUGAGCUGCAGAAGUUGAAAAAAAACCUAGAGAUUGAGAAGGACGAACUUCAAGUGGCCCUAAAGGAAGCUGAGUCUUCCCUGGAGGUUGAAGAGAGCAAGGUGAUUCGAAUUCAGCUGGAACUAGCUCAGGUGAAAGCUGACAUUGACCAGAGAACUCAUGAGAAAGAGGAAGAAUUUGAAGCUACGAGUACCAUUCUUCUUGAUGAUCUCAUCAAUACUGGUUGA